UGGAAUUCAGUUUCCGGUUUAGGGAGUGGACUCUGAUUUCUUUUUUUUUUUCUUUUUUCGUCACUUUCAACUAAACUUUCAUUUCCACGUCAACUCGGAAAGUUUGAACCCAGCAGCGGCGAUAAUAAAGUUUUCUUCUGACAAUGGCUUCCUCCCCUCAAAAGUCACCGUCUUCUCCGAAAUCCCCGACGACGCCUAAAUCGCCUUCUUCCAGGAAGAAAGACGACUCUUUUCUGGGCAAACUUGGGGGGACUCUGGCAAGGAGGAAGAAAGCGAAAGAAGUGUCUGAGCUUCAGGAAGAGGGGAUAAAUGCCAUUAACCUUCCUCUCAGUCCCACCCACUAUGAGUUGGACCCCGAGGACACCAUGCUAGAGGAGAAUGAGGUACGAACCAUGGUGGAUCCGAACUCCAGGAAUGACCGGAAACUGCAAGAGCUCAUGAAGGUGUUGAUCGACUGGAUAAAUGAUGUUCUUGUUGGAGAGAGGAUCAUCGUAAAGGAUCUGGCUGAAGAUCUCUAUGAUGGACAGGUCUUGCAGAAACUAUUCGAAAAGCUGGAAGGUGAGAAACUCAAUGUGGCAGAGGUGACACAGUCAGAAAUUGCCCAGAAACAGAAGCUGCAGACUGUUUUGGAACGCAUCAACGAUUCACUGAAACUCUCCACGAGGAGCAUUCGCUGGAAUGUUGACUCGGUACAUGCAAAGAGCAUAGUUGCAAUCCUGCACCUGCUGGUAGCGUUGUCACAACACUUCAGAGCACCCAUCAGACUGCCAGACCAUGUUUCCAUUCAAGUAGUCGUUGUCCAGAAAAGAGAGGGCAUUCUCCAAUCCAGACAAAUUCAAGAAGAAAUCACUGGCAACACAGAGGCUUUCUCCGGAAGACAUGAACGCGAUGCUUUCGACACCCUGUUCGACCACGCUCCAGAUAAACUGAAUGUUGUCAAAAAGACACUGAUCACGUUUGUAAACAAACACCUGAACAAGCUCAACCUAGAGGUGUCGGAACUGGAAACACAGUUUGCAGAUGGUGUUUAUCUGGUGUUGCUAAUGGGGCUGCUGGAGGGAUACUUUGUGCCACUCUACAACUUUUUUCUCACACCUGAAAAUUUUGACCAAAAGGUUCAUAAUGUAUCCUUCUCCUUCGAGCUCAUGCAGGAUGGAGGCCUGGAGCGACCAAAGCCAAGGCCAGAGGACAUAGUGAACUGUGACCUUAAGUCAACCCUGCGUGUCCUGUACAACCUCUUCACCAGGUACAGGAAUGUAGACUGAAGGAAGACACACGCAGCAAGAGGAACACUUUUUAUCUUAUGAACCAAGGACCACACUCUAAAGCUUAAAAAAUGUAUUCAAUCUUUGACAAAAAGGUGUUUCAUUGAAAUGAAAAUAUUUCACAUCUUAAGGCGAACUGACACGAGGCCAAUCACACUGUAAAUGGGCCCACUUAACACUUGAAGCACGGUAUGUUUGGCUAGUGUGAAUGCACUGAAUUUUGCCCAGGCGUAGCACGUGUCCCGUUUUGGUUAGGAACUGGCACAAUUCCAUGUGCAUACUCACGCAAUGUAGCGGAUUCAUAGAAAGACUGUUAUGUGAUCACUCUUUGCAGAUUUAUAUGAUAACUGACACAAUUCAAAAUAAGUACGCCAUAAAUCCUUGUAAAGCCACUUUUUUGUGGCAUUCAGACAUUUUAGACACAAUUUAGAGGGGACCUAUGAUUAUUUUUUUCUUUCUUGCCUUAUAAAUGUUGUUACACUGUUGGAUACUUGUGUUAAACCAUGUCAAAGCGUCAAAUCAAAAGGUUGAUGCUUUUUGCAGUGAAUUUGCACGCAGUUUUGGAUGCCUCGACCAGCAGUGUUUUGCAGUCUGGCUAUUUUGUGAGAUGGACGUACUUACUUGGACAUUAAGUCAAGCCAAAAGGGGAGGAGCUUUGUCCAGUAUGAGGCCAGCUGAGUUUGAGGAAACAUAAAAUAAGGUACAAUAUCAUAUUAUUUUCAUCUACUCUCGGCAUGAGCAUAAUAACACUGAUGUGCAUUGCAAAAGAUAAAUUAUGAUUAGGGAUGUGCCGAUCGACCGAACGAUUUCUUUGAAAAACGACGUGAUCCGCCAUUGCCAAUUUAUGUGUUUUAAUGCCGAUCACAUACACUGAUUCUCUCUGGCUGACAAGCGGUUAGCAGCUAAUUAUUUGUCUCCAUAAACAAUGCGGAGCUGCUCCCCCAAGUUAAUAAUAAUUACCUCCAUUUCAGCAGAUGAACUGAAUUUCUUAGUGUAUCUUAAGUUUUGUUAGCACUGGAGGACGAGGCUAAACAUGUUCCACACAGAGAGAAAGCCAGGCGCAGGCUUUCUCUUCGCUUAAUUAUUAACAUGUAGCUUAAAACCACACCAAUAAAAAACUGCUUUGUAAAGUUUAACCACGUUAAAGGCAGAAAGUAAGCAGUUAUUAACAGGAAAUUAACAAGUAGAUACAAGUUUAGAGAGAGAGGAUCAUCUAACAACAACUGUUGGUGGGUCAGCAUUGGAACAUCAGUACACAACACAUUAGAGGGGGAUCGGAUUGAUCCAUAAAGUGGUGGUGUCGGUACUAAGGGUAGUAUAGGUAUAUGAUGAAUACAGGGUGAUCAGAUCGAUAUUUUCAUUUUUGAAAAAUCUUGUUUUUGUUAAUGUUUACAAACUCCAGGAAUGAUUCCCCUUGACACAGUAUGACUUUGAGGGCAAACCCCAAAGGCCUAAAACGAAUAGUAGAUAGUGUUUUUCUGCUUUUGUUUAGUUAUUGUGUACUCUUGACUUGGUUUUGAGCAAACAAUUGUUUGUAAUAAAAUAAGGAAGUAUUUUAAGUAGUGUGAUAAUGUUAAAUUGUCAACAGCACUUACCAUAAAUACAAAUGAAAAUGUACAGUUUAUACAUGUGAUCGGUCGAUCUCACUCAUGGGUGGUUGGUAUUAGAACCGUCAGCAUAACACCUAGAUCAGAACAUCCCUAGUAAUGAUACUUUUGGAGAGGGUGGGGCGUGGUUUCAUUUGCAAAACCUGGGAACACCUCCACAACUGAACAUCUUGCAGACAUACUCAAAAAACAUGUUAUGGAUGUGGAGCAAAAUUCAUACCAAAGCAUAUCCAAUAGAUAUUAUCUAGACCACAAAGAACUGUUUUAAAUGUUGAUUAAAAUCAUCAUUAGGUCCCCCUAAAAUAUUUGUGAGGCAAUCAAUAAUUCUCUAGAAUGUCAACUUCGUGAUAAGAUUUAUUUUAAGAUGUAUACAAAUUUCACAUUGUAUUUAUUGCACAUUUUGAUACACAAGUGCCUCUUUUGUUUCCACGUCUAAUACUUGAUAACAUUGUCAGAUCUUAACUUCAGACAGAAAAUUACCUUCAUCUGCUUGCCAACAUUCAAGAGUCAACAAAGCACCUUCAAUUAUAAUCUGAUACAGUUUGCUUGGAUAGUUUUGAAGACUCCUGUUACCAUUUAGUGUAUACAUACACCUCCUAUACAUGUAUUUAUACAUAUAAAUAUACAUAUAUGUGUGCAUGUGUAAAAGAGUAAAAAAGCUUGGGGGACCCCUGGUCUACACAGACGCUACAAUACAUUAAUAAAUCAGUCACUUCUAUGUUGCCGGACAAAUUGUGAUCAGAUUAUAAACAGCCCUAAAUGAUUUGGUCCACAUAAACUAAAUG